UAACCUUUUCAAAUAUUGUGAAAAAUUGUUCCUUUAAUUAGGGCUGCAUGAUGUCUUGCCAUUCCUGUGGGCGUCCACCUACGUAUAGGCUUAUAUUCUUAAAACGAAACUACAAAGAAAGCAUUCCUUUUUGAGCUGCUCAUCUGUCAUUUCCUCAACAACAGUGAGUACAUAAGAUGUGAAAAAGAGGUGGAGAAAUAGUCAAAGAUGGAUUUCACUUACCCCAAUUAUGGAGCUGGAUUAGACCACCAUCUCUCAGAGCUGAGAAUUUUGCUUGUGGGAAAUGUGAAGUCGGGAAAGAGUUCAGCAGGAAACACCAUUUUGGGUAGAGGCACAUUUGACUUCAAUAGAACUGCAAAGUGUGUGAAGCGACAAGGAACUGCAGCAGGGAGGAAGAUCACUGUGGUUGAAGCUCCAGGAUGGUGGAGUGAUAAACUUGUAGAAGAGAGCACCAAUUUGCUUAAACAGGAGAUUGUCCUCAGUGUGUCCAUGUGUCCUCCAGGACCUCAUGCUGUGCUGCUGGUCAUAGGUUUGGACAUUCAUUUUAAAGACAUUGAUAGACAGAUAUUAGAAGGACACCUGAAUCUUUUGGGUGACAAAGUCUGGAGUCACACUAUAGUUCUGUUCACAUUUGGAGACUCGCUGGGAAACAUCACCAUUGAACAACACAUUGAAAAUAAAGGGAAUGCCCUCAAACGGCUUGUAGAGAAAUGUGGCAACAGGUAUCACGUUUUCAUGAAUGAAUAUAGCAAUCAUAUGCGGAUUACAGAUCUUCUAGAGAAGAUAGAGAAGAUGGUGGCUAGAAACAGGGGCCACUAUUUUGAAACUGACACAAAGAUUUCACAAGAAGUGGAAGAGAGAAGGAGAGUAGAGGAAGGGAGAUCAAUGGAGAGAAGAAUGAAGGUGUCAAAGCAGAGAGAAAACAUUAGAAAACACAUGCGUCCAACAAGCCAUUAUCCAGAGGUGAAUAUUUUGCUGCUGGGCUGCAGGAAUGCUGGGAAAAGCUCAGCAGGGAACAUCAUCCUGCGCAGAGACGGGUUUAAUUUAAACAGAGCUGUGGAGUGUGUAAUGAGAGAGGGAAAUGCAGCAGAUAGGAAGAUCACUGUGGUUAAAGCUCCAGGAUGGUGCAGUGAUAGACCUGUAGAGGAGAGCACUGAGUUGCUUAAACAGGAGAUUGUCCUCAGUGUGUCUCAGUGUCCUCCAGGUCCACAUGCUGUACUGGUGGUGGUAAAUGGGGACAGGAUAUUCACAGAGAAAGAUGGAGAAAUAUUAGCAGGAUACUUGAAGCUUCUCGGUGACAAAGUCUGGAGUCACACCAUAGUUCUGUUCACGUUUAGGGACUCUCUGGGAGACACAACCAUAGAGAGACACAUUGAGAGUGAAGGGGAGGCUCUCCAGUGGCUGGUUGAGAAAUGUCAUAACAGAUAUCAUGUUUUUAACAUUCAAAAGAGGGAUGAUGAUAUUCAGGUCAAAGAGCUGCUGGAGAAGAUAGAGGAGAUGGUGGCAGGAAACAGAGGCUGCCAUUUGGAAAUGGACAAAACGAUUUUACUCAUAAAGGAAGACAGGAGGACAGAAGAGCUAGAGAGAUCAAUGGAGAGGAUGAUUAGGGUGUCAAAGCACAGAGAAGACAUUCACUCACACACGCGUGGCCUACGCCAUUUCUCAGAACUGGGAAUUGUACUGCUGGGCUGCAAGAAUUCAGGGAAAAGUUCAACAGGAAACAUGAUCCUGGCCAAUGAUAAAUCUGAGUUUAACAGUGAAAGUGAAAAGUGUGUUAAGAGACAGGGAAAUGUAUCAGGGAUGAGGAUCACUGUAGUUGAAGCUCCAGGAUGGUGCAGUGAUAGACCUGUAGAGGAGAGCACUGAGUCGCUUAAACGGGAGAUUGUCCUCAGUGUGUCUCAGUGUCCUCCAGGUCCACAUGCUGUACUGGUGGUGGUAAAUGGGGACAGAAUAUUUACAGAGAAAGACAGAGAAAUAUUAGCAGGCUAUAUGAAGCUUCUUGGUGACAAAGUCUGGAGUUACACCAUGGUUCUGUUCACCUUUGGAGACUCUCUGGGAGACACAACCAUAGAGAGACACAUUGAGAGUGAAGGGGAGGCUCUCCAGUGGCUGGUUGAGAAAUGUGGAAACAGAUAUCAUGUUUUUAACAAUAAGAAGACGCAAGAUGACUUUCAGGUCACAGAGCUGCUGGAGAAGAUACAGAUGAUGCUGGCAGGAAGCAGACGCUAUCAUUUUAGAACGGACACCCAGACAUUACAGGAAGUGAAAGAAAAGAGGGGAGUAGAGAAAAAUACAUCAGCAGAGAAGAUGAUAAAACUGUUAAAGCAAAGAGAACACUGUAGAGACAUGUAUGCACAGAGAUACAGGGAAGAAGACGAAGAUAUAUCAAUGAAGAAAAUGACAAUGGAUCACUUAUACGAUCCUAAGGUCAGCUUACAGCCAUGUUCUCUGGAUGAUGAAAUGAGAUUGCUUUCACUUCUCAAGUUGCAUCACACCUUCCAAAAACAUGUCGAGGCAACCUCACUCAAACCAGUCACAACAGGUACAGGGGCAGACCCACCCAAAAUGGAAAUAAUAGGUGCUGACUUUGUGGAUCAACACAGAGAAACGCUCAUUCAGAAAGUUUCUUCAGUAAUGGAGGUUGCAGACUGUCUAAAAGGCAAGAACAUGAUUACUGAUGAAAUGUACAGUAACAUUCAGACAAAGUCAACACCUCAGGAUAAAAUGAGAGAACUGUACACAUAUCUCAACACAACAAAAGUGAAAGCUGAAUUCUAUCAAUUUCUUAAAAAGAAGCAGCCCUACUUAGUCGAGGAAUUGGAGUCUGGAUCAGGUCAGGCUUAGUUACACUUAAUGGAGAGCACCCUACACUAAGUAAACCACAUCCACACAUUUGUAACAUCAUGUGUUUCCAUUUCUGUUUGUGUAGCAGAAAUAUUAUACUUGCAAUUUUCAAUUUUGUUAUUGUAAAUGUUAAAUGUAAAGGUAAAUCUUCCAACCACAUUUGGAUUACGAGUAUGACACUUACACAGAUUAUUCCAACCAGUAAUUUUAUUGCAAACCAGUAUGCUCUUAAAGUAAAUUUCCAGUCAAAAAUCCUUAUUUGUCAUUGGAUCUAAAAAAAAAUAAUAAUAAUAAAAAAUUGACAAAUGCUGCUGGCGUAAGUAUUCAACCCCUUCAGGCAAGUACUUUGUAGAACCGUCUUUUGCUGCAAUAACAGCUUUAAGUCUUUUGGGGUAAAUUCUCACCCUGUACUUUGCUCCAUCUAUUCUCCCUUCAAUUUCUGACAAGAAGCCCAGGUUCUGAGGAUGGAAAGCAUCCCCAGAGCAUGAUGCUACCACCACCAUAUUUCACUGUAGGGAUGGUGCUAACUGAGGUCUUAGUCUGGUCUGUGUUAGGUCUGCACCACACAGAGCUUUGAAACUUGCCAAAAUACAGAAGCUUAAUCCUGGUCUCAUCACACCAAAAACACAUCUUCACUGGAUCACUCUCAAGCUUUCAUAUGGCUCUUCUUGAGCAAUGGUUUCUUUCAAGCCAACCUCCCAUACAGUCCUCAAUAAUGCAGAGCUCUUGAAAUGGUUGUCUGGUGCACCUUCACUCCACUCAGCCACUGUACUCUAUAACUCCUUCAGAGUGACUGUUGGCCUCACUGUGGCUUCCCUCAUCAGUCCGUGUCUUGUUUUUGCACUGAGUUUUGAGGGAAGGCCUUGUCUAGGUGGUGCUGCUUCCUCACUAUUGACCCAACAGUGCUUACUGGGAUGUCCUCUAGGAUAUACAACCUAUACCUAAGUUAUGAAAUUCUAUUACCUUAUCUUAAACUUCUUUAGAAUGCUUCUUAGUCUUCAUUUUCACUCCUUUCCUUCAGACUACCUGUCUGCUCAAUGACAGUUUUGGCCAAAAAAUGGGAGGUGUUUUAAUAUUUCACAGGUGAAGGCCAAUUAUAAGUGAAUUUUGUCCUCAUUAAAACAAUAUAAUUUACCUGGUGCUUCCAGAACCUGGGGGGUUGAAUCCUUAUGCAAGCAGCGUUUUUCAGUUUUUGACUUUGAAAAUUCAUUGUAAACUAACAUGGGUUUGCAAUAAAAAAUUGUCAGAGGAAGAAUAUUUAUAAUUUGUUAUUCAGACAAAUUUGAUCAAUUCCAUGGGGGAUAAAUACUUUUGCAAGUCCCUGUAAUUUCCUCAUCUUGAUGCUUACACAAAGACUUGCACUCAUGAUAAUUUGCAAAGAUUUUAUUUAAAUUCUAGCAUUAGAUACAGUGAUCUAGAUAUAUUUAUUUGUAUGUACAGUGAGGUCCAUAAAUAUUUGGACAUUGACAAAUGUAUUAUUGAAAUGAAAUAAUCAAUAUGAUCGCAAAGUGCAGACUUUCGUAUGCUUUAGGUCAUUUUCAAUCUGCAACGUCCAGUGAGUUCUGAAGCAUUUGCUGAAUGUGGGCAGAUAAUAUAUCCCUGUACACUAUAUUAUCUGCUCACAUUUAGCCAUAUGUUUGACACCCCUACCCAAACAUAAUGCUAAUAUUUACAGUUGGUUACAAAAGUAUGCAUAUUGUUUAAUUGCCUUUAGUUUAAAUGUAUUAUAUUGAGAGUUUAGACAGGGUUCUGUCACAUUUCUUGACUAUAAACUCUUUCUUUAAUGGGUGCUACGCUAUGUUCCCAUUUUCCUCACCUAUAGAACAGCACUGUUACUCAAAAUAUGUUUUCGAUUUAAUAUUUUAUACCUGAAGUUCCACACCAACAUGUACAUUUUACAUGUUGAUUCUAAUGUUUUAAAAAUUGGUGACCUUAAAAGAACUGGAUUUUGAAAGAAAGAGGUUCCUAACUUCAGAAACAUGAUCUCAGUGCAGUGUGUUAAUAAUGUCUGUAGUAGAGUUACUGUCUGUAGUAAAAUUAUAUAGAAUCUGAAUAUAGGACGUUGAUGCAUUACUGGAUUUGGUAACAAUGUUUUUUUUACUGUUUGGUUCAUUACUAAACUAAUAAAACAGUGUGAGCAUGAUUAUGUUUUGCAGGAUGUCUUUUUUUGUUGUUUUUAGAAACCUUAUAUGACACAAUGACAUGAUAUUAGGUGAAAUGGCUUCAUUCUAUGGUAUGUUAGUCUGACACAAGUGUCUAUCAUUCUUUAUUUUUGUGUGUUGUAUUCUCUCUGUCUGUAUUGUGUAUGUGUUGAGUCCAUUUCAGGUUUUCAAUGUGCAGGCUAUUCCACUUCCAUUCCUUUACUCCACUCCACCAUUUCUAGUUUUCCCUGUGGUUCAUUAAGUCAUCCCCUGUGUGACUAUUUAAGGUGCCCAAAUUGGCCUGAUUAGCUUUUUGCUCAUUUGACUCCUAGCUGUUUGUUGUGUCUGAUUGAUUCACCUGCUUGUCAACCAUCUGCUUAGUUUGCUUGGAGCUAGAGAUCUUGAAGUUGUGAUACAGCUCCAUGAUGCAGCUCUGUAACAUGGCUAGCACAAAUGUGGCUUUUGUGGCAUUAACAUAAAGCUAUAAAAUUACCUUCAAAGAUUUCAGCAACCACAGGAAACAUGUCAGCUAAUCCAGCUUAAACAGAGCAUGCUAAUGCUCAUAAGUUAGUGAAAUGCUAGCUCCCUGGAAGAAAGAAAGUUGGGGAAAAAUUCUAAAAACAAUGUAUUAAAUUAACAUAAAUGAAUUCUUUUAAAAUAUGGUUCUAUAAUUAGUCAAUUAUCAAAACAUAGUGUAUUUAGUGUGUUUUAAAACUAUUAUUUUGAAGUAGACAAACUUGGCACAGGAAUUUCACAGAACUAUAUACAAGUCUCUAAUAUUAGAACUGUAUUCUUCAGUGAAUAGUGCUUUUUAUUACAGUUCAUGUAGAGAGUAGUUCAUAUAGAGAGUCAGAACAAAAGGACAAUAAACAAGAAGGAACAUGCUGAAAACUUGCAUAAAUAUAUGGUUACAAGUAUUUAAGCAUUCACUCUGGUUGGCUUUGGAUGUGGUAUGUGUGACUUCCCAGCCCUAAAGACUUAUUUCCUAGGCUGUAGUUGAAGCCAGGAGUUAUGUGGCUGCUACUGAAGCCACUUGGGGCAUUACAUUAAAAAUAAUUUUAUUUUGCCUGGACUAUAAGUAGUGGUUGUUUUUGACUAUUGGUCUCACAAAUAAGACAACUUUUAUUACUUUUUUAUGGAGAACUCCGCAGUCCAUUUGCAGUCAAGCCACUGCAAAAAAAAAGUGAAC